GAUUGCUGAGUAGUUGUUGCGGAGCAGUGUGGAGCUGGUGCACAUUCGCGUCCCGCCUCCAUCGCUCAUUCUGCGUGUUUGUUCCAUUUUUUGCUGCAGACGCUAAAGCUCAUUCGUUGCGGCUAUGUUGAAGAUUCAGAGAAUUGCAGCCCGGCCAAGCCUCCAGACAGUCAGGAUGGCCAGCAGCCUGGCUGACUAUGCCCAGUACAAGACACUGAAUGUCACACAACCUGUGGAGUAUGUGGUUCAUGUAGAGAUGAACCGGCCUGACAAGCUGAAUGCUCUCAACACUGAAAUGUGGAACAGGGACCUGGGUGUGUGCUUCCAGCAGCUGCACGAGGACGCCGAGUGCCGGUCCGUGGUGUUGGGCGGCGCCGGCCGUCUCUUCAGCUCCGGGAUCGACUUUAGCGACGUGAUGGCCGUUGGCAGCGUGGCUACGGGCGACGGUGACGUGUCUAGGAAGGCUUUCAAGCUGCAACGCAUCAUCAAGAACUACCAGGACUGGUUCACUGAUAUUGAAAGGUGUCGUAAGCCGGUGAUCGCCGCCGUGCACGGCGCGUGCGUGGGCGCCGGUGUCGACAUGGUGACGGCGGCCGACAUCCGCCUCUGCUCCCAGGAUGCGUUCUUCCAGGUCAAGGAGGUGGACAUCGGGCUGGCGGCGGACGAGGGCACGCUGCAGCGGCUGCCCAAGGUGAUUGGCAGCCGGAGUCUGGUGAACGAGCUGUGCCUGACGGCGCGCCGGCUCGGCUCGCAGGAGGCGCUCCAGUGCGGCCUCGUCAGCCGCGUGCUCAGCGACAGACACAGUCUACUGGCGGCGGCGAUCAGCCUGGCAGCCACCAUCGCGCAGAAGUCGCCGGUGGCGGUGCAGUCGACCAAGCAGAACCUGAUCUUCUCGCGCGACCACACGGUGCAGGAGGGCCUCGACCACAUGGUGGCCUGGAACGCGGCCAUGCUGCAGUCGGAGGACAUCAUGAAGGCGGCCACCGCCUCCAUGGACCGCAAGGCUCCCCCGGCCGAUUUCGCCAAGCUGUAGCGAUGCGGCGUUAUCGCGUUGGUGGCGUGGAAUGUUGGCCUAACGGCAUGGCGUACAACUCAAAUCCCCUCACACGUAAUUUUGCUGCGCUUAGCGUAGUUGUUUUCCAUGAGGCCGGCCUGUCCCACGUGGCUUCGUGUGAGAUAGCAGGGUGUGAGUGCGGUCGGCUGAAUGGACGCGACCGUCCCGCUCGGGUCUCUGCUGAGGCGAGAGCCGCCGUCGGCCGCCGGGGGGUGACUGACGCGGCCUCGGCGGCUCGCUCGCUCGCGCAUCCCCGCGCGCCGGUCGUGGUCGAGCUCCGAGGAGGCGGACCGAACCUCGGCGUGGGUUGGGGCCGGACCGCAGCGUUUGGGGACGCUUGGGGACGCUUGGGAGUGUGGUUGGAAAACGAAGGGUAGCACCAAGUGCUGAGUGGGUAUCGAUCUGUGUUACCGGAAUGUGAUGCUCGUUGCCGCUGUGAUGUGUGCGGGGGACGGGUGGAGAUGAUAACCAUAUCUAAUGCAUGCUUUACUGUUACCGUAACACAAUGUUUUCAAGGGAAUCUUCCUGAUAUAUGUGUUCAGGUAUGUUGGCCUGUGCCGCACCCAAUGACGGGUGCUGCAGGUGGCUGUCCCGUACCCGGAGACCGAGUCCCGGCAGUGCUGCCACCUUGUUGCAGAGACAGGUGGCGCCCCGUAGCAUGUUUAUUUGACGAGGCGUGGUAUACUGUCGGUUAUCAUAGGGCACACGGCCUGCCAGCUGGGCCCGUUCCAAUGGUAACCAGCGCGAAGGCUGCCGGCCGCGGUCGUCCUUGGCAGCCCGUGGCCAUGAGGGUGUCAACGAUCCGUUUUGCAUGCCGGAUGGUGCACCGGAGUGGGCGACCUGGGUCUCAUGCGAGCAAGCUGAUGGCGUCCAUAGGGUUUUAUGAGAUUUAGUGAUUUAGUCUGUCCGUAACAUCUGGAGGCGAGAGCUAUACUGCAUAAACAAAACAGAAGGUGACAAUCUCAGCUAUUCGUGGGCGUUUGUGGCGCCAGAAAUUCAGAGCAGGUGUUAAGUGUAAAGCUUUUUUUAAUGCCUGACCGCAGCGAAAUAAAGGAAGUAUGCAGCCACGAUUAAGAGGGUGCCAAAGCCAUGCACAUUGGCUGGUGAGGACCGCGUAAUUUCGUGGAUUGGGAAUAAGGAAUACACGCUUACCGGAGCAACCCGAGUUUCUGCGGCAUCUAUUUGUCAUUGGAGGUGUUUCUUGGGCUAGGAGAGUUGCUACAUGUGAG